AUGGCUCACGAAAACGUUUGGUUCUCACACCCAAGAAAAUACGGUAAAGGUAGCCGUCAAUGUAGAAUUUGUUCAUCACACUCAGGUUUAAUCAGAAAAUACGGUUUAGACAUGUGUCGUCAAUGUUUCAGAGAAAAAGCUAAAGAUGUUGGUUUCAACAAAUACCGUUAA